AUGCAGAGCAUUUUCCGGUUACCUUGGUGCAGUGAUCCUAUCGCGCCUAAGUCCGACCAUGCCGUGCUGGAGAAGAUGCGCGCAUCGCCUGUGGUAGAAAUACCGGCGCUGCAGAAGCUCAAGCGCAAGCGGACGAACAGCUCGGAGAUGUCGCCAUCUCGGGCGCAGGACAACAAGAAGGCGCGAACUGGUCACUAUGAACUACCGCCGAUUCAGGUCUCGAACUUUCAAGCAGGCGGCAAGCCUAGCUUUACAGAAACCCCUGCACAGAUAUCAGAGGCGAGCCCUGCAUUGAAUGCUCCCGCUAUGCCGGCGCGUCCGGAUACUGAACGGCAUUCACCAAAUGCUGGAUCCCUCAGGAUGACUGGCCAGCAAACACCUCCCAAACCUGCGGAUACUCCGCGAGAGACGAACGUGAUGGCGUUGCAAGUGCCUGCAUCUGAAGACGCCAAGGGCUACACGCCUCUCCAGCAAGUCAUCGAAAAUGAGUUCAACAUGCAAAUUUUAAUGAAGCACAACGAGCUUCGUUUAAUCGAGCAGGAACUCGCCAAAUGUCAGACCGCUCUGGAGCAACUGCGACGAUGCGAACUGCGACCUUAUCCAGGCAGCGAACGACCAUCUGAAGCACUGACUUCUGGUACUGGUCCAGCGGUUGCACCACCUCCCGGUUUCACCCGGCCGAGUCAUCCCGCGCCGCAUGGCGUGACAGAUGGGCCUUACUCUCGCCACUACAAACACUGGCUAUUGCAAGAUCCGCAAUUCGACUCGGUGCCUGUUCAAUCUCUGCAGCCUGAAGCAGCCGCGCGACCAACGCGCAACAGUGGGCCAACCAGCAGAAGAUUGGUUAACCAGGCGUUUUCGUUCCCAGGCCGGCCUUCGGAACGGCUACCCGCGAUACCGAAUUAUCCUCCGCCAGCACCAGCCAAGGACAGGAACUUACCCAACGUGCUGCGGCGGUCCACUGAUGGCAAGCUGGUGAAGCUCAUCUGCAAUAACUGCCAGCGUGGCAACUUCUCCAGCAUCCAAGGCUUCUUGAACCACUGCCGGAUAGCACACAAGGUCGAUUACAAGUCGCACGAUGCUGCGGCGAUAGAUUGCGGUCAGCCUCUUGACGAGUCUGAAGCUGCGACGCUACCGCCCGAGACGCAGCAUACCCCUGUACCGAAGCCACCACCAAGUCGAGCUCCCGCUGCUGCUGCUCCGUCCACUUCCACGCCGCAUCGCGCAAACUUCGUCCAUCCAUUCAACAGCUCGACCGGCUCUUCAGUGAAACUCAACCAGCCUCGGCAUCCUAUCGCACCCCGUCAACCCGUGCAAAGCCUCAGCUCAGCAACAUCCACCACUGCCCAGUCAUCUUUCACGCCUGCCGCCCAGCUACCCCGCCUGUCCGCGCAUUUUGCCAAGCAUCAUGUGGGUGGCGAUUUGGCCAAAGCGGCAGAGGAGGCGAAGCAGAAGAUCGAUCUCAGCAGCGAGGAGCUUCCGUCACCAGCAUUUUCCGAGCAACCCUCACCCUCUGGCACACCAACCGGCGCCCGCUCACUCGCCACUGCUGGACGUACCGGCACACUCGGCAUCAACAGCGGCUCCAUCCCACGCCCACCAAGCCGUAAAGGCUUCCGACAAAUAAUGCCGCAAUCGAAAGCCCGCCCAUCACCACUGGCGCCCAUGCCGCCCAACGAUUCCUCAACCAUCAAGCACGAACACGAACACAGUGAGAGCCCAGCAUCUCCACACUCCCACGACCACAGCAUAGAACUCAGUCCUCACACUGCUGACAGCAACCCGGGCUUAGUCUCCGACCACGAAGACGACGACGAGCACGGCUCCGCGUCCGAGUCCGAGGAAGGCCCUGCGCCGCAUUCUCCCGCUACGCGGCCCAUACCGGUUCCUGGAAACAGGACCUCUUGUGCUGAUAACGUGGAGAUCGACGUCGCGGUGGACGGGGAGGAGGUUGAGCGGGAUGGGGUGGUGAUUCGACGAAAUAGUGUUUCGGACGAGGGGGGGAAAUUUGGUGCGUCGGGGAAGAGGGGUGUGUGA